UGAAGUCAUUGGGUCUUACUCCCCUAAAAUAGCCCUACAGAGGGUAUAUAGAGAUGCUGUUCGGCUCGCCCUGCUAUGCCACGGUUCUGUGUGACUGCUGCUUUGAAUCUGACAGGAAAAGAGAUCAAGUAGAUGGAUAAAAAUAACAGAGAGGAAGUGGAUUUAGCAAAGUGAAGCGGAAGACUGCAUGAGCUGCUACUGCUGGAAACGUAAAGGACACAGAAAGAAGAGAAGAGGGACACGUUGCAAAGGACACAAUUAUUUCCUUGGAUUUUUGUCUCACUUGGAUUUCUCAUUUUCCUCCUUCUGAACGAAGGAGGUAACAAAGCUGCAAGGAUGAAGUACAACUACCAUUUACCCGUGUCAACAUACACACGAAGUUCACAGUACACACCGGUGUACCAUACACCUUACUACUAUAACCCCUCACAAUACACAACGACACCCACAUACGCCUCGGUUUCAAAGUACACCCCAACGCAGCUGAGCUCCGCGAGUUACACCUCGUCAUAUCACACGUCUUCCUACAAAACCGCGUCAACAUAUGUCCCUUCUUACAGCAAAGUGUCACGAUACAGCUCAACGCGCUGCACACAAGCACAGGAGAGCCCUGCAACUGUCAUACCCAUUGCACCCGCAAAGAGAAGUGUGCAUUUCCCCAAUGACAUCAUCUUUCAGGAUAUCGUCAGAAAAGGAGAUCUGGAGCAAAUUGGUCGUUUCAUGAGAGCACGGAAGGUCCGCGUGGAUACACUGUUCCACUCAGGAAUGGCUGCUCUGCAUGAAGCCGUGCUAACAGGAAACCUGGAGGUGGUGAAGCUGCUGGUUAAGUAUGGCGCUGACGUCCACCAGAGAGACGAGGACGGCUGGACGCCGCUGCACAUGGCCUGCAGUGAUAGUUACCCAGAAAUCGCCAGGUAUCUGUUAGCGAAGGGAGCGAGCACAGAAGCUGAGAACGAGAGCGGAGAGAAGCCAGCAGACCUCAUCGACCCGGAUUGUAAAGAGCUGGCUAAACUGUUUGAGGCAGGCUGCGUGUGACCGGGUUAACUGACACUGAGUGGACCCAGGAGAGAGGAUGUCUGCGAACGAGACAAAAAUAAAAGGAGUUAACAUUCAGAGAGGCAACAGCACCAAUCCAAGCUAAAGAAGGAUCACUGAGAGACGGAAAACUGCUGCUCAAAUUCUAAAAUGCGGCUCAGAUUCCUGUAAUUGUUUAGAAAUUCAUUUUUGUGAUUAUUCAGUUUUACUUCACUGUGGAUUCAUCCUUUAUUGUGUGCAUAUUUAGUGCAUUUUUGUUUUUGUUACUACUCUCAGCUUCAGUGUCGUUCUUGUCACUGAACCCAAAGGUCUUUCCCUUUUAAUGCAGCAUGCAACGUUCUGAAAAUCUACUCAUUUAUGGAGAAAAUUACGUUUUUAUUCUCAUGAAUUUUUCAUGAAUUUUUUUAUUCAGUUGAAACGGUGUUAUGCAGUCACUUUUUUUGUUGCAGCCUGUAAUUUAUGGGGAAAUUAUGGAUAUAUGGUGAAAAACACAAAAGAUAGUUGUGUUUUAUACAGCGUUAUGCAUCCUCCCUGCUGGGCAGAUGAGGAUCCUAAAUGAUGGAGGCUAAAUAACAAUAUUAAUGAAAGAAAUGAAAGUUGUGUUAAUAGAGUUCUUGAAAAGCUGUAGCAUUUUUGCAGAUAUAUUUAGUCGCUGUUCUAAAAAUUCAAAUGUAAAAGUCUUAUAUUUUCUGUUUCAUUGUUGAUUUUGUACAUUUUCAUAAAUAAACUUCUACAAAAUAA